CUGUUUGUAUGAUUAUCUAAGUAGCCAAAUAAAGAAGACCCUUUGCCUGAGAGAAUCGUAACACAAGCCAUCUCUCGUUAAGAACAAUUGGGCUUCUCUCAUAUAUUUCAAGCAGCCAUGGUAGGUGACCUUUGACUGUUGCACCUUCAAAUUAUGACUCGGUUCAUCCCAUCGUCUCAUCCUAUUUUGUUUCUCAAACUUGAGAAGAGCUUCAAUGGCAGAUCACCAUCCUUCAGAUAUUCAAAUCAGGGUCAAUUCCCGGCAAGGUACUGCAAUACACCCUGUAGAGGCGGAUGCCCAGUCGGUACAAGCACCAGGUUCAAAUGUUUUCUGGGAAGUCAAGCAAUUCAGGAAAUGGGUACCUUGGCUAAUUCCAUCAUUUGUUAUAGCCAAUAUUGUUAUGUUUGUUAUCACCAUGUUCAUUAAUAAUUGCCCUAAGAAUUCAGUCUCUUGUAUUGCUCGAUUCUUGGGUAGAUUCUCUUUCCAGCCCCUAAAAGAAAAUCCUCUGCUUGGACCUUCAUCUCUAACGCUACGAAGGAUGGGUGCACUAGAAGUUAAUAGAGCUGUUCAUGGAGACCAACUAUGGCGUCUCGUCACGUGUAAUUGGUUACAUGCCGGUGUUUUUCAUUUAUUGGCAAAUAUGUUGAGUCUAUUAGUCAUUGGAAUUCGUCUUGAACAAGAAUUCGGAUUCAUACGGAUUGGUUUGCUAUAUGUUAUAUCUGGAUUUGGUGGGAGUCUGUUGUCUUCUCUAUUCAUCCAGUCUAACAUAUCUGUUGGGGCUUCUGGUGCCUUAUUUGGGUUGCUCGGAGGAAUGCUUUCUGAACUCAUCACUAACUGGACGAUAUAUUCUAAUAAGGUAGCAGCUCUUUUUACUCUGUUGGUCAUCAUAGCGAUCAAUUUGGCAGUAGGAAUUCUUCCUCACGUUGACAAUUUUGCUCAUAUUGGAGGAUUUAUUUCUGGGUUUCUUCUGGGGUUUGUAUUUCUCAUUCGCCCGCAGUUUGGAUGGGUUAGCCAAAGAUAUACUUCUCCAACAGAUUCUUCCUUUGCUGUCGAACAUAAAUUCAAGAUAUAUCAAUGUGUAUUAUGGAUCAUUUCGCUAAUACUUCUGAUUGCCGGGUUCACCGUUGGCCUGGUUUUACUUCGUCGAGGAUUUGAUGCAAACCAUCAUUGUUCUUGGUGUCAUUAUUUGUCUUGCGUUCCUACUUCGAAAUGGAGCUGUAAUUCAGAACCUACAUACUGCUUGUCACAGCAAGUAGGUAACCAGUUGAAUCUAACAUGUUCGAGCAACGGCAAAUCCGCGACGUAUAUUCUCCCAAAUGCUUCAAAUUCCGAGAUACAAGGUUUGUGCUCUGGGCUUUGUAACUGAUUGAAUGUAAACUAGACCACUUGAGAUUUGAGAAAUUCAUCCCUUAGUUGGACAUGUUUCAUUGCGAAAUGUGUUUCUCCUUUUGUAUA